CUACGCCGGCUUUGUCCUUAAGGCGGCGCCAUUUGGAGCUCCCUUCGCGGAGGUAGGGUUUAAAAAGCAGGUAGGGAACAGGAAGGGCUAACGCGGGCUAUGGGAAAGGCGCUGCUGCGCGCCUUUUGAUCUUUCUCGGGAACGGAGAAAAGCGACCCUGUGAAGGCACCAAGCCCGCGGCUAAACUUGGAAGCCGGGGAGUCUCCUGCCGCUGCUGGUCCCUCCAACGUGGAAGUAUCGCUUGCCGCACCGGCUCCUUCUUGCCUCCUGAAAAAAGACUUCGCUGGUAGCCGCCGGGCGCUCUCUUCUUGGAGCCGGGAAGGAGCCAAGCGGCACCGUCGAAAGCAGCCCCCUCGCUGACGCCGCGGUGGGCUUUGGGGCUCUGCCGCCCCAGCAGAGAGGCGUGGGAGGGAACCCUCCGACCAUUCAGUGCUGGAGGAAUCCCGAGAGAGCCCUUCCCAUGGAGGGGGAGGAAGUGCGGCGAGCGAAGCAAGGGAACCGGGAAAGCAGCGUCCAUAGUGUGGAUCCAUAUGGUUUUGAAAGACCAGCUGACUUUGACUAUGAAACCUAUGAAGAAUUCUUUUCUAGAUACUUAGUGGUACUCACUCGAAGAGCAAUUAAGUGGUCCAAACUUUUAAAGGGAAACACAAGGGUGCAAAAAAACAUAAAAGUUAAACGCUACAUCAGAAAAGGCAUUCCAAAUGAGCACCGUGCCGAAGUCUGGAUGGUAGUGAGUGGUGCUCGCUCUCAUAUGGACCACAAUCCAGGCUACUACCAGAAAUUAUUGGAAGGAGACCAAAACAGCAAACUUAUAGAAACUAUUAUGACAGAUAUCAAUAGGACAUUUCCAGAUAAUAUAAAGUUCCGCAAAUCUGCUGUUCCCUGUUUACAGAAAACACUCUACAAUGUAUUAGUAGCAUAUGGGCACCAUAAUCCAUUUGUGGGAUAUUGCCAGGGCAUGAAUUUCAUAGCUGGAUACUUGAUUCUUAUUACAAGGAAUGAGGAGGAAUCGUUUUGGUUAUUAGAUGCACUCAUUGGCCGAAUAUUACCUGGUAUGUCUGGAUCUCACCUCACAAUUCAUUUCCAAUGUCUCCUGUUUCCUUUAAGUGUGUUUAAUAGAUAGAACUAACUUCAUGUUCACAUAGGCAUAUUUUGGAUUCCAGAAGUCUAAAUGUAUAUGACCGUGAUGGCAAACCUAUGGUACGUGUGCCACAGGUGGCCCGCAGAGCCCUCUUUGCAGACACGCAAGCCAUUGCCCAUGUUGUGUGCCUCCCACUGGCCAGCUGUU